GCAUCAAGUACCUGCUGCUCGGCUUCAACCUGCUCUUCUGGGGCUGUUCUCCUGAAGUAAGUGAUGCUGUACUGACCACUGAGGCAAAUCACGUCAUGGUUGCUAAAGAAUUCGGAGAAGGAAUUGAGGAAGAAGCAGCUGGCAGGGUCGGCCGUCAUUGGUUUUGGACUAUGGUUUCGGUUUGGAGGCACCAUGAAGGACUUCUCAUCAGAGGACAAGUCCCCGGAGUAUUUCUACAUGGGACUGUAUGUACUGGUUGGAGCAGGGGCCCUGAUGAUGGCUGUGGGCUUCUUCGGGUGCUGCGGAGCCAUGCGGGAGUCGCAGUGUGUGCUCGGAUCUUUCUUCACCUGCCUACUGGUGAUCUUUGCUGCUGAAGUAACCACUGGAGUAUUUGCUUUUAUAGGCAAGGGUGUAGCUAUACGGCAUGUUCAGACCAUGUAUGAAGAGGCUUAUAAUGAUUACCUGAAAGACAGGGAAAAGGGAAAUGGGACCCUCAUUACCUUCCACUCAACAUUUCAGUGCUGUGGAAAAGAAAGCUCUGAACAGGUCCAACCCACAUGCCCAAAGGAACUUCUAGGGCACAAGAAUUGCAUUGAUGAAAUUGAGGCCAUAAUCAGCGUUAAACUCCAGCUCAUCGGAAUCGUCGGCAUUGGAAUCGCAGGUCUCACGAUCUUUGGCAUGAUAUUCAGCAUGGUCCUUUGCUGUGCAAUCCGAAACUCACGAGAUGUGAUAUGAAGCUACUUCGACAUGAAAACUGCAAUCGAGAGCUUUCAUACAGCUGUCACAGGACCUGGCUCCUGGCUCAUUUUUAAUACUCAAAGGACAUUAGGAUCUUAAAAUAAUUUGCUGUCAAUUGUACAUUUGCACAUGUAUGUAUGUUUGGCUCAUUCCUCGUUUACCCCUUGAGUGAAUGCUCUGUGUGUUGACUGACAGCAUAUUCAUGUGUGAUCUGUGUGUUUCUGGUAUACGCAUUAUACAGAAUGAAAUCUGUUGGCUGAAAAUUCCUGGUUCUUGUUAUGUUAGAGGAAUAAUCUAUUUAACUCUCAGAAAAAAGAUCAUAAAACUUUGAUACACUUUAAAAAACUUGGCUAUUCAGAAGAAGUGAUAAUGGGUCAUUCUCUCAGAUUCUAGCCAUAGAAAGUUAGAUACAGAGAAUUCAGGGAUUUCUAGUUAACAGAAGCAGUAAGUUAUGGGAAUUGAGAGAUUGUGGCGGGGUGCUAAAAUUGACUGCCUCUGAGUUGGGUGUCAGGGUUUCCUGGGAUUUUUUUAUAUACAUACUCUCCCCAGAACACAGUAAGCCACAGUUUUAGAACUAAACACAUCUGUAAAACUAAAUAUAGCAUGGAAAAUCUUAUUUGAAUAACUCAUACUUUCCUAGUAUUUAAAAACAAAAAACUCCC